AUGAAUGAAGAAAAUUCUAUGGAUGCGCAAAGCCUGAUUAUUACCAAUGGAAUGUUCAUCAUCGAUGAUAUCGAAAAUAGUAAGUGCAAUAUCCAUUACAAAAAUGUUCCUGGGGGUGGCGGCACUUUUGCCAUCUUAGGAGCAUGUAUAAUAUCACCAAAUAAUAAGACCUCCAAAGGUUUGAAGUGGAUAGUGGACAGAGGCUCUGACUUUCCUGACGAAAUUACAAAAGAAAUAGAGUCCUGGGGAACAGAUGCAAGAUUUCGGGAUAGUUUUGACAGGCCAACUACCAAGGGAUUGAAUUAUUAUGAGGGAGAUAAUGAUUUAAGAAAGUUUAAGUUUUUAACAGCGAAGAAACAGAUUGAUGUUCAGGACUGGGUCGCUACAUUUGGACGGGAAACUAUCAACGAAAUCCAAUCUUUCCACCUAUUAUGUUCCGGGUCAAGGUGUGCGAAGAUGAUUGACGCUCUAAUGAAGGUUCGAAGCAGAGAGAGUGGGAAACCAGUAAUUAUUUGGGAACCUUUCCCAGACCUUUGUGACUUUGAGCAUCAGCAUGAAAUUAGAUGCGUUAUGCAAAGAGAAGACGUUACAGUGAUAUUGUCGCCAAAUGCGGAGGAGUCAAGCCGUUUAUUUGGUUUGCAUGGAAAAGAACCGAGUAGUUUGGAAGAAUGCUUCGAGCUGGCACAUCGUUUCAAUGAAUUCAUGAAUGAUAAUAAUAUGUGCAUUUUAAGAUGCGGCUCCCUUGGAAGCAUAUCGAUAACUGAUAGGCUUGGGAGCGCAGAACGGGCCUAUGAUCACUACCCAGCGUAUCACUUCAAAACCAAAUCUAGAGUAUUAGAUCCAACUGGUGGCGGAAAUUCAUUCCUUGGUGGGUUUGCAAUUGCGUAUGCUUUAACAAGAAAUUUAGCUACUGCAAGCAUAUGUGGAAACAUUGCAGCAAGCGCAAUCAUCGAACAAAUCGGGAUACCAAGAUAUGAUCCUGCUUAUAUGACUUGGAAUGGUCUCACUCUCCUAGAUAGGCUGGAGUUUUACCUUUCACAGUCAGGUUUGCAAUACAAUGCAAGCGACGUUUACAAAAGUUUAUCACAAUAA